AUGGCCUGGAAUCCGCUCUUCGACCAUUUCUACCAUGUCGACGACAAUUUCCGCAAAAAAUGGCCCCGUAUCGUCAAACCUGCAUACGAAGACGUCCGUCUCCAGAUCCUGCUCUACGCUGGUCGCGAAGCCGCCGCCUCUUUGCACAUAGCUGCUCCCCGCAGGCGAUCAGGGAUGGGGGGUGGUGAUACUGACAUGGUUGACGUAGCGGAGCAGGCCAUGCUGUACGAGCCUUUCACGUACUGGGAUUGGCAUGGCUACGAUGCCGAGGGAAAGCCUCUGAAUGAGAGUCGGCAUCUCCAUGAGGGCGGGCGUAAGAAACGGCUACUUUGGGAGAGGGAGAGGGCGUUUAGCGCGAAUGGGGAGAAGAAUGGUGAUUUGACGCCAAGGGAGCGGUGGGAGGGCUUCAAGAGGUUUGUGGAGAGAGCUGAGAGUAAUCGGAGGUCUGUGAAGAGGAUGGCGGUGGCCAAUUGGAUGACGAAAGGGGAUAUGGAGUGGAUUGCGAAGACCCUGACGAGGUUGGAGGCGCUGGAUAUGAGCGAUGUGCCGUCGGCCUACAGUGCUUGUUCGGUUCAAAAUGAUAAUACCUGGCUUGGCUACCUCAAGGAGACCAAAUUUCGAGAGCCGAUCUACAAAAACAAUCUCUUCGAGAUGUUCCCGCUCCUUCGAAAACUUAGAGACAACUCCUCGUACCCAGAAGAAGUCCGAAUGGCAGAUCUGUACGAGCAUCGACAUGAUCAUACCUACAAGACAGACGGGCCUUCUCAUGCUUUCAAACGUGGACCACACGAGAAGAGUAUGGAAGUAACGGUAGAGAAGACUGAAAGCUUCGAAGAAUGGUUCUGGAGGCUCCAAGCCCAAGUACCUUGUGAGCUCUCAGGUUUAGAGGAGGAAAUCGCCGAGACGCAUCUCUGGAAACGAGUAAAGUGGCUGGGACUUCCAGACUGGCGGUCUAGCAGCUACGCUGCAAAGACGGUUGGUUCCACCCUACCACCCUGGUGUGUUUCUAUGAAGACAGUGUCGAUUAGAGGCGAAUACACAAGGGACCGUAGCUCGAACGAGUUCGAAUCGAUCCACGACCACGUGUGUCGAUUCAUCCUCGGUGUCGAGCGGAUUGUACCGGCUUCAGUCACCAAGCUCGAGCUGCGGCUUUCUGUCUCAUUCUUGAGGUACUUCCUAGAGCAGCUAGAGAAGAAUAAGCCCACCAUUCAGCGCGUGGGCAUAGAUCUGGGCGCCUGGGUGCAGAUCUUCCCACUUGGAAACCCACUGGAGCAUCUCGAGGACGACGAUAUUCGGGCGACUACGCGGCGGCUGGCACGCAAUGUCCCUACUCUCCAGAUAUUCCAUCCGAAGAAAUAUUACUAUCGUGAGGUGCAAGGAAAAGAAGAGGCCUUUGCAGCGGAACAGGAUUACGUCGCCAAACAACCCAGCUUCUACCGGAACAGGAGCGGGAAUUUCGAACCAGCCCGGCCUAUUAGACAGGCUCCGAGGCCUGAAACCCCGGUCGAAUCUGCUCCAGCUGACUACGACUUCGUCGAGGAUCUGCAAUUCGAUAGGACAAAACAGAACGAUGCUUGCCCGUUAGAUGGCUCGAUCGGGCACAGGGCCACAAGGGAAAAAGUUGACAGCACCCGCGCCAAUACCCUGGCAAAGCUCCUCGAGAAACUGCACCUCGCACGUCACAGGGUCGGCGAAGUGUCCCACAUGGCCAACAUGACCUUCCGCCAGAACAGGGCAAAGUCAAACCUGAAAAUCACCCGUGAAGGAGCGCACCUGUUCGGUCUCCCAGGCGAGGCGCAGACGCGGAGUUUCGACCCCAUCGAUCCGCUCACGCUCACGCAGCAGGAAGUCAAAACCGACUUCUGCGCCGGCAACGAGUUUCAAUUCUGGAACCCCGAGGGCCUGAAGAUGGUGUACCCCUGGAUCGCGAAGACAUUCGGCUGGCGACCUGUCUUCGACUGGGACUGGUUCAUGGUUCCGCGGAAUAUGAGUGGCACCGAGAACCCCAACCUCGUCACCAUCAACAGCAGCGGGAAACGCGGAUCCAGCAGACCAGCCGACUGGCAAUUGGAGGGUAAACAAUCCGACGGCCGCGGCAAGCCAGGGAAGGCACUUGAGAGCACGCUCGGGGCUAUCAAGAAGCAGUUCGCGCUGCUUAACGAGGCGGGUAUACCCGUGCAUCUACUUAUUGGUCGCAGAGAUCCCGAUAUCUCGAGCGUGUACUGGGGCUGGCCAUACACGAAGCAGGCGUGGAAGGAGUGGAACGAGCAGUACUUCUCUGCGAGUUUGGAGACGAUUGCCGAGCACGUCGAUACGCUGAGUAUCAUGUACGACCUGCGGAAUCCGAUUGACAAGGAUCGCUUGUCCUUCAUCGAUGCGAAGCGGCCGUACCAUCCACCGCAUGGCAAAUGUCCGACCAGAGUGUGCCGCUUGGAGGAACAUAACGGCGGCAAGUGCCCGUUCAUCGAGAAGUAUCUCGGGCAGCGGAAUAAGCAUCCACGCCCGCAGGUCAAACCGGCUGGAGAAUCGGAUUCGAAAAAGAAGAAGAAAAAGGACGCGACGUUGACGUACAGCGCCCUCGCAGACAGCGGCUCCUGUGGCCCGCCCACGGGCGAACUCGCAGACGACGAAGCCAACGAAGAUGACUCCGACGACGAGGACGAGGUCUUCCCCCUCCAUCUCGCUCGACGAUCGGUGUACCUCCGCGAGACGGUGGGCUGGAUCCGCUUCUGGGAGGCCUACGGCUCGAGCUUCACCAAGUUGACUGCGCUGCACGUACGCAUGCCACGGUCCCACGACAACGCCGGCUCGUGGCGCCUGGCACGGCUACUAAACAGGCAUGCCGGGUGGCACAUCAUCUACCACGCCGACGAGCGGCAGCACAUGCAGAGCGAGGAGGACCUGAUAUCGACCUUCGACAAUGGGGACCCCACCGCGCCAGGCAAGGAGGUCUGGACGCACCUCAAGGAGUCCCGCGUCUGGCCCGCCGGCCGCUUCGUGCGGCGCACCUGGGUGUGGGACCCGCUCCGUCUCGUCGAUGAGUCGUUCUCCGUCGUCGAGGAGGAAGACUGGGAGGACGCUGAGCGGAACCCUAAGGCCGUGGGCAAGAAGUUCAACGCCUUCCGCUUUGAGCCGAGACAGAGAAGGGAGCUCACCUCCCACGAUAAUCUGAUUGAGGUUCGCGAGAUCGAGGCACUCAAGGCGGCGCGAAGGAAAGUCGAGAUUGCGAUUGCAAACGAGGAGGCGAAUGGGGAUCCUAAGGAUGCUGACGGGCUGCCUAUAAAGCCAGAUAUGGAGCGCAUUCCACGGCCAGAUAGGCUGCCGCAUAUGACGUCGGGGUUUGCGGGGCGGUUACAGAGCGUGUAUGGGCAUCAUGUCAGGAAUGUGGCGGGGGCGCAGUGGAGAGAGGAACUCAGGGGGAUGAUAGCUUUCAUGGAGAGUGGGUAUGGGGGUGAGGCGGACGAGGCAUGGCGAGAUGAACGCGAUAGGCUAAAGGAAUUGCUUGCGGAGGAUCCGCCGUAUAGCCGGAUUUUCGAGGUCAGGGACGAUAGGAUCGCGCUGAGGGAUGUGCCGGUUAAGCAGUGGGAUGAGGAUGACGGAGACGCUGGUCAGCCCACGACAGCUGCCCCGGCAGACACAGAAACGCAAGAGGCUUCCGCGCCUCCAUUUUCUGGCGAAUCCUUUCUUGACACCUCAGAAGUCGACUCCCUCUUCGUCGACAGCGAGACCGAAGGCAUCGCUCCGCUACCUACAGCCUCCUCGCCGACGUUCACAUCUCCGCAGCACAACAUCAGCUCAGGGAAUCCAUCUUCGUCGCGGCUGCCAGGCCCGUCCCGAAUUAAGAAGCCGCACACCGCUGGUCCGUUCGAUCAAUCAUCUUCAGUGGAUAAUGCAGACGACGGCGCGGACGACAAGAAGGGAGGCAGUGCGGUCAAGGUCGAGGCAGUUAAGGUAGAGGCGGUCAAGGUAGAGAUUGAGGUCAAGAUUCCGAAGAAGUUGCAAGACCUGGGAAAAUUGGAGGAGGGCGUGGCUAGGGCUCCACAGACGCCGUUUGAUGAGGAGUAUACCGAUGGCGACGACGGAGGUGAGGAUGAGGGGAAAACAACGGAUAAGGAGGGGGUGGAUGCGUAUGGUGGGCUGGAUGGGAGUGAGGCCCACAGCUAUAAGUUCGACGAGUUGGUCGAGAAACGACAGGAUUACUCCGAGAAGGCAGAGGAGAGCGCCGCGGCUGAAGCAUCGGGGGAGAAGGAGGGGAUGAUUGAGGCUAGUCCUGCUCCCGGUGCCGAAGGUCAACAGCAAGGACGUGCAGCGGAGACGUCGACGAAGCGGAAGAAGUCCGACAACGUGGAUGCCCCGAAUAAAAAACCCAAGAUCUCCAAAGCGGAGAAGGAAGAACCCCGCCCAGACAAGAAACGCAAGCAGUCUGGGUCUGCUCCCAAGACGACCAUGCCCAACAAGAAGCCCAAGGUAUCCGAGUCAAACAAAGACAACCCACCAGAAUCACGGCCCGACAAGAAGCGCAAGCAAUCCGACCCUGCGCACACGGAGGCUCCAAACAAGAAGCCCGAGGUCUCCAAAGCGGAAGUGGAUGACGAAAGCGACCUCUCUUCCUUCUCAGAGUCGGAACUCGAGCCAGCCCCAAAGCAAGGGCAAAAGCGCAAGCAGCCCACCGCCAGCGUUCCAAGUCCCCUCCCCAAGAAACCCAGGACCACGAAAAGCGGGCGCGUCGUCAAGCCCGUUAUCGAGCAAGCGUCCGACGGGGAAGCCGCAUCUGAUGAUGCGGCGGCGCUGAAGGGAAAGGAGGGCAGGAAGCAUAGCAGAGUCGACUACGUGCCGAGUCCGACGACGCCUGCGGACGACGGAGAGUCUGAUGGCGGGAACAAGAGAAGGAGACCAAAACCGAACAAAGGAAAGGGGAAGCCAGUCACCGCUCCUUCUGUACCCGUUCCUCCGCCUCCUGCUACUCCUGCACCCGUCGCUCCGCCACCCACCAAUGCUGCUGCUACUGCACGCCCAGCACGCCCAGCAGGUGGCAUCCAGGUACCACAGCGUGCCGGCGGAACGCCCGACUACGACAGAGUAACGGUGGUGAACCUGCGUGCGCUAGCGAAGCAGAUCGGGCUGAAGCUGACGGGGGCGAAGAGGAAGGCUGAUAUCAUCAAAAAGUUUGAGGAUGACGAUGCGAGUGGGCCGGGUGAAAACGCUGGGGGCGUGACUGUAUAAGGGUGAUGGGAUUUGUUGCUUGUUCCAUAGGGUAGUUAUCUUGCUUGCAGU